AUGUUCUCCUGGUCAGCUGUAGUGUCUUUCCGGCCUAGCCUCGACGCAACAGUCGCUUUGCGAGUCUGCCCCACAGGCUCGGCCUCCACACCUCGGCCACAGACACACCGGGUACCGGGUACCGGGUACAGGCAUACCGACACACAGAAACACCGACUUUCUGUCUCCCGUCACAAUUUGUCCGCACGACAAAUCAACACUUGGCCGGUCGGAAUGGGCUUAAUAGGCUCGCGUUUCCACCAACCGACGGAUCGUGUCGGGUCGUGGAUAGAAUGUCGCCGAAAAGACCGGACGCUGUUCCACUUGGCCGCAGGGACACCCGCCUGGUGCUGUUAG